GGUGCGUUUAUAAAUCGUUGAAUGUACAAUAACAGUAAUAACGUCGGAGCCUUGCUUUGAUUGGUUUUAGAGACUCACCCUCCGUCCUGGUCUCAGUCUGUUCUCCAGGAGCCGCCGCUGUUCAGCUUCACCGUCCUUCAGCUCUCCAACCAUCUGAGAAAAGUUUUUAUCCGGAUCAUGGCUGUGACGAUGCAACCAGGCAGAUACGAGGCCUCCGAGUUCCAGACCGGCCUGUGUGAUUUCUUCAACGACUGUGGGAUCUGCCUCCUUGGUGCUUUUUGCUACCCGUGCCUGGGCUGCGCCAUCGCCAGUGACAUGAACGAGUUCUGCCUGUGUGGAAUGGGCAUGUCCAUCCGCAGCGUCUACAGGACCAAAUACAACAUCAAUGGGUCCCUGUGUGAUGACUUCAUGAUGGUCAUGUGUUGUCCCAUGUGUGCAGCCUGCCAACUGAAGAGAGAUAUUGACCGCAGGAAGCAGCAGGGCAUUUUCUGACUGGGAUGCUGCUAUGACACAAGAGAGGCUGUAAAUGGUGGAUCGCUGAGCUGCUGAGGCAUUAAGUGGUUCACUGUAUAUAAUGUUGGACAUAGACUAUAUAUACGCUUCUAUAAUCCUCUGAGAUUAAGAACAUUCAUAUCUUCUAGACAGUUAAACAUUAGUCAUCUGGGUCACAAUUUGAUGUUGGAGAACAGUGUCAUUAUUUACUCUUACAAUAAAAUCAAAUUUUA